GAGAAAUUCUCUGACACUCGUUUCCUCCUCCAAUUUUUCCCAUUUCUCAAAAACAAUGGUGCUUUCUUUUAUAGAUUUUCAUCGCCACUUUCCGCAACAGGGAAAGAAACCCAAGAUUUUCUAUUGACAGCAACUUGGAUUCCAAUAAUUUCUGUCAAAAUUUUCUAUCCAGACCCUUUUUGGUUGAGUGGUUCACUCCAAAAGCCCUUGUUUUUACAGCGUUGCAGCAACCUCCUUCUUGGGCUUAUACACAAAUCUUCAAAGGCACUUAAACAUGGGCAGAGCAACGAGGUGGAUUAAGGGCCUGUUUGGCAUCAAGAAGGACAGAGAAGAGGUGGACAGCAACGACAACAGCAACAGCAAGAGACAGUUGAGCAAUUCAAGCGGGCUGUGCAACAACCCCGCCACCAUCCCGCCCAACAUAUCUGCGGCCGAGUCCGCCUGGUUGAGGUCCUGCAGUUGCACCGAUGAGGCAGAGAAGGAGCAGAACAAGCGUGUCAUUGCGGUGGCUGCUGCCACAGCCGCCGCUGCGGACGCGGCAGGGGCGGCCGCACAGGCGGCCGCAGCGGUCAUCAGGCUGACGAGCCACGGGAGGGGCGCCAUGCUCGGCAGGCAGGAGCACGCUGCGGUGAAGAUCCAGACGGUUUUCAGGGGAUUCCUGGCGAGGAAAGCGCUGAGGGCGCUGAAGGGGCUGGUGAAGCUGCAGGCGCGCGUGAGAGGGUACCUGGUGAGGAAGCAAGCGGCCGCGACGCUCCACAGCUUCGAGGCUCUCAUGAGAGCUCAAGCCAGCGCUCGCUUGCGGAGAUCGGCUCGCGGCCGCAGCCGGGGCGGAGGAGGAGGAGGAGGAGACGACGGCACGGCGACCCGCGAUCCCACGGAAAGAUACGAUGACAAGACGAGGAACGCGCACGCGCGCACACGCGCCGCCGUAGCUCACAACAGAAAGCUCUCCGCCUCCGCCGCCGACUCCCCGACACUCCGCCCCGCCAUUGAGGACACCUCCAGGAUCGUCGAGGUCGACGACGGAGCCACGCCCUUUUCAAGCUCGGGAAACACCCUCCCACGCCGGGCUCCGGCGGGGCGCUUCCAGAGCUCCGACUGGCUCGACGACCCCGGGCCUUGCACGACUCCGGCGAGCACGCCCCGGUCGAUGAACACGCCCGCGAGGAGCGACGCCGGCGGCUGCCUCUUCCGGCGGCGCGACGGCCGCGGCCUCCUCCUGGCCCCGAGCUACAUGUCGGGCACGCAGUCGUCCAAGGCGAAGCUGAGGUCGCAGAGCACGCCGAAGCAGAGGGUCGAGGCGGGGAGGCGCCGACGAGGAGGAGGGUGUCGCUGCAGGAGGCGAUGAUGGAGUUCGAGCGGUCGAGGAGCAGCUUGA